AUGAAUCUAAGUUCAAGCUGCUAUUCUCUGGACCUGCUUAUUGUUAACAUAGCUCUUGCUUGCAUCGAUGGUACUCUUGCCUCUAUUGCAUUCUCUCAGGUUUGUUUUCUUCUUCUUCUUCUUCUUAUGGAUACCCUUUCACUUUGUAUUAUUCUUGAUGCUUAUGAGGAUUCAUAUGCGAAAUCAACAAUCUGGAUGGACACGCCAGAAAGAUACUCAUUUGGUGGUGGGGUUCUUGAUUGCAGGUACUCCAUCUCAUGGUUGGCUCUUGUAAUUUGGCCAUUUCAAAAGCCAGAUGAUUUCUGGAGAGAAUUGCAUCCUUUGAGCAAUUUGAGCAAAUUUACCAUAUUGUGCAAAGUUCCAAUGGAUGUUGGAACUGGAUGUGAUUCUAAUGGUCUUAGCGAACUUGUGAAAUUUCUUGCAGCAUUUCCCAAAAUUCUGUUUUUUGCAGCAUUUCUACUUCUUCUAUCUUUCUGUCUUUGUGGUUCUCAUUUGGAGAUCAACGAUGACUUUGCAUUUGUCCAACUUGAAGAGAAGAUCAAACAAGUAGAAUGGGUCGACCUUUGCCAUCAGGCAAAUGAAGAAGAUGACGACGAUGAAGAAAAUAGCUCUCAACAGCCUUUGUUGGAAAGUGCAAAGAAUAAGCCUGGUUCAGCGAACACAGAUGGUUGUUGGAGAUGGUGCUCACUCCGUGGUAUUCAUGUCGGCAGUCGUCAGAAAUUUGUUAUCACAGUUGUAGUGUUGAUCUUUCUCUUAAUGCUGUCAUUUGCUGUAAUAAUCUGGAUUGGAGUGGGAAAGAAUCCGAUUGAUUCUUCAGUAGUUGCUCGGGUAUAUGUAGAUUUUUUUGCCACUGCAAUCCUCAUACUGGGAGGGGCUUUAGGUUGCUACGGUCUUGUCCUAUUUCUUAAAUUGAGGAAAGUAAGGUCUGAGACAGCUUCAUCUGAGAUGCGGAAGGUUGCUGGUCUAGCAGUUGUUUCUGUUGUAUGUUUUACGUCAAGUGCUGCAAUAGCUCUUUCUACAGAUAUACCUGUACUUCCUCCACCUUGUUUACGUUCAUCCGUGCCCUCAGCUUUUGUAUUAUGGGUCAUGCGAGAAUUGCCAACCCCAGUUAUAAUUACACAAGCACAACCAAGAGCAGUAACUUUCAUCAGUUAUGGGGCUGAAGGGACACAAAAUCCUCGGCACUGGGUUGCUGCAACGACUUCAAAGAAUCAGAGGGAAGUUUGCCCAUCGAAGUAUCUAUGUGUUGGCUUUGAGACGCCAAACUCAGAAUUCUAUAGUGGGCGCAAUCACAAGAAGGAAGGUGUCAAAAGCAAGUCCAAUAUAAGCAUGAUCAUGACAGCUGUGCUAAAGAAUGCGGAAAGCCGUGUAAUGCCUGACUUGGCUCUGGUAACUUCCCUGGAAGGCUGGAACAGCUAUCGCGAGGGUGUUAUGCCAUUUUCUGCGAGCACGUACGAAAGAACCGACAACCUUCGACCGAAAAAAGAAACCCUUCCUUUACAUUUCCCGUCACCAAUCCCAGCUUCCACUUACAAAAAGCAAAAGCACUCUGCUCUCUCCUCCGAAAAAGCAGUACUUACUGAUUGCUUCAUUUGUUUAUCAAAACUCAAAAAAGCAAAAAAGCAGCCUCCCCUAAAAAUUAAAAUCCCUAAAUUCAAUUCUUUUCUUGCCAUCAGAGCAAUCACUUUGCCCCACUCCACACUCAAAGCAUCAAUCUUUGUCUCUCUAUCUACAAAAAGAAGAAUGAUCUCUCUCAUUCUCACUACUUCGACCAACCCUAACAUAGCGGACAAGAUAGCGAAAACCAAAGAAACUUCGAUCAUUUUUACUCAACUUGAAAAUCAAAGGUAUUGUCGAUUUAAUUACUAUUGGUUUUGUGGAUUGGGGUUGUGUAAUUGGAGAUGGCGAGUUCGAGCGGGACCAGGAACGAAGGAGGUCCGCCUCGGUCGCACUCUCGGAGAAUGA